CAAGACAAUAUCAGGUGACUGUAAGCAAGACUCCGUUUCGCUCGCUUUGUUGAGUUGAGUUGUACUUUAAAGGACAAGAAUUGCAGAAAAAAAGCUAUUUUUGAAUGACAAAUUUACUUUCCGUUUGAAGUUUGUGCUAGCUUUCAAAGCUCUCAGAUCAACCAUCGCAUGCCCAAGUGUCUCCAUCAAUCCAAAAACCCUCAAAACUGAUUACAUUCUCUCACGCAAAACGGCAGAAUUUAUUUUUAAAAAUCGUUCUUGAGACAUCCCGACUUGUCAUCAUGCUUUGUAGGGGGAGCUCCAGAGAACAACGACAGACUCUAUCAUCUGUACGUUCUGUUCUAAUCCAGCGCUCAUGUCAUUUAAAUGACCGCGUGCUCCGCAGCGGACACGGACACUAUUUUUCCCUUCCGUGUAUUCUUCUCGAGUGAAAUUGGGCCUGUAAUACAAUGCAAUUAUGCUGCGACGGCAAUAUUCUCCAAGCGGGUGUACGCGCAGGCGAUAGGAAGAAACUCGGAAUAAAGAAAACGAGAGGGGUCCUCCUCCGGCUGUUUAUCAGCUUGCGGCAUUCUCCGCACAUCCCUUCUCUCCGCCAUAAUAACUGAUGAAGCACCGAUUAAACCUUGACACCAGGCCGCAAAAGAGGAACUUGUGGAGCGCAAGAGGAAACACCCAAACCACCCCCCCCCCACCCCCCCUGGAACUCUCGGCGAGAAAGAAGAUCAUGCGAAAUGGCGAGAGUCGAGACGCUUUCAUCAAGUGAGCAGACUUCCGCCUGAUGUCAGAACACGCAUUUGACUUGCGAAGAGCCGAAAAGGCCGUGAGGGCCAUCGGCUUUUACCCGCGUGCGAUGGCUCUUUUCUGGGUGCUGCUUUGGUCGCUGCUCCCCCUUCCGGUUCUCGUCUCUCCGCCAGACGGAUGUGUCCUACGGGAAGCUUCCGGUUCACAUGACGCGGUAAUGGAGUCAUUGCGGUGUCACAACGACUACGAAGCAUACGUCUACUGCAAGUGGAGGGAGGACCCGCACGUACGCGCGCCGCUGCAACUCUGGUUCCACACAGAACGCGGCAGGGAGCGAUGUGAGCCCUUUGGCGCCCAAGUCGGAGAUGCAGAUGGGCACGGGACCGUCCGGUGUCGAUACGAAACGCGUUCUUUUUCCAUCGGCAUUCAACACACGGUCUUCUUCGUCAAGGACGACGAGGCGCUCUGCUCACCCGCCCCGCGCCAGCCAUUGAGGCUUUCUCAUCUUGUGAGAGCACGCACACCGGUGGAUUUGUCCAAAUAUGACACUGCAGAUGGACAGCUGGAGAUCAAGUGGUCCAGUCCUUAUCCCGCAUCCUCUUCCCUGAACAAAAACGUGAUGUACCAACUCGGCUACAAGGCAGAAAGACAAGACUCAUGGACUAUUAAGAAUGUGACCGGCACAGAGGUCAAACUGGAGACACGACUGCUGCUUCCGGGUCGCAGGUACCAGGCCAGGGUGAGGGCCCGGGCCAGCGUGGGCCACUGGAGUCAAUGGAGUCCCGUGCUGACGUGGAGUACGAAAGAAGACAGUGGACAGUUUCCCAACUUGUAUUGUGUGCUGGAUGGCGAGACGAAGGUGAUGUGUAGCUGGGAGGUGAGCCCAGAGCUGGAUCACAUCAUCACCUACCAGCUGGCCUGUCAGCACAACCACACUACACCGUUUAAGAUGUGCUGCAUCCACCCGACCGUGACCUUCGACCGCAGUCGGGCGCUGGUGCGAUACAGCUGCCCGCUGUUUGUCGCAAAGCCCGCACAUCUACUUCUGGAACUUCGACCAACUCGCACUGCAAAGACGUUCAGGGCCAAUGAGCACAUUUGUCCCAGGCCACCGCAGCAGGUGAGAGUGAGCGAGAAAGGCAACGACUGGGUCGUGGAAUGGGCUGAACCGAGCACAGCCUCCAAAGUCAGACUGCGGUAUCAAGUGCGCUAUUACAGGACGCAGGAUAAGGGGGGCUCUGUCCUGCUGAACAUUUCACAAGGCUCCACAUCAGUCAGCAUCCCGGGUGCAUCGUUGAGCCCGUCCCAGCACCACCGGGUCCAAGUCCGAUCUGUCGUCAUCCCCGGACAGGGUUCGCUCUAUGAAGGGAGUCCUUCCCAAUGGACCGAGCCAGAAGACUGGACAACGCAUGCGGCUACGUGGCCCAUCACCGUCAUCGUCUAUUUCGGCGUCAGCGUGACUGUGGUCGUCGUUUUCAUCUUUCUCUCCUGGACCGUUUUAACUUGCAAAAGGAAAAUGAUUCUUUGGGUGGACACGGUUCCUUCUCCCGGCAAAAGCAAAACCCUGUCAGAGAUCAAGAAAAAUAUUUCUUUGAUCCAGUCUGCCACCAGCCGGGCCCUGAUAGAGAAUGAAAACACUUACGUCUGCCAAGUGCAUCAAUUGUACAGCCUAUCGAGACGCAUCUCCCUAAGCUCCUCACUGCGGCCAACUGAGGGUGCAGAAAAUAAAGAUUUGGAGCAGGACCGACAGGACUUGAAGUGUAAUAGCGUGGCCCUCCCUGCUGAGAAGGUUAAUGGCUGUAACCUCCCAGUGCACUUCAGCGGCCCAUAUAUCUUCUGUCAGUCAUUCGACUCCAUGCGCAUGCGUGAAGAGACAAAGGAGAACAAAGUAAUUUCACCAGAUGAUCCUGCGUCGAUGGUCUGCUCCGUGAACAGAGAAGGUUACGUGUUCCUCCCCCGUGGCAGCAUCUCCACAUCCACGUCGGAUCUAGUUUCUCACUGGGACAACAACGCAAACGCGCAAAGGCGUGAGCAGAACCGCCGGUGUGCAGGUAACACAGCGUGGUCCGAUAAGAUGGUCGACAUCAGGCCCGACAGCGGUGACCCGCCUCGGGCGUACAGCUCAGAGAUCUCCUGCCCUACAGUAAAUGCCUCAGGGUACUGUCUUCUGCCCCCUCCCUCUUGAGAGAAGUGGAGAUUGCUUUUCGUAAGACAUUUAAGUAUUUAUUCAUUCCUUGACAUCCAACUUAAGGUCCAUGUACUAGUUGCCGACACUCUUGAGAAGUAAAACAAUUAAUUCAGUGGCAAGUAGAACAAUUAGCGCCCACUAGAGGUAAGAUCUGUAACAAUAGUAGGUCCAACGAGUAGGCAUGUGUCAUGUACCCUGAUAGUAGUGCCAAAAUUAGACCAGCAGUAAAGCAUCUUGACCUCACCAGUACGACUAGGAAGUACCAAAAUUCCCACUCAUGGCUCCAAUAAGGUCUAAGGUCCAAUGUUGCAUCAGUAGUUGCCACAAAAACUCCCUGGCAUGGAUUUUCUGGUGUAGUUUUUACACCGGAUGCCGUCUUCGCAAAAAGCAACAGCAUGGACCACGACGCCACCAGAAGUACAGUACCACCAAAAGGGUGGCUUUCACCCUUAGGUAAGGCCCAAAUUGUUUAAGAGUACCAUGAGUAAGAGGCGGAUCAACUGCCUGUAGCACAAACUGGGAUAUUUAGGGCCAUACCAAUACUACCAGAAGGGGGAAAUUGCUCAAUUGUUGAAAAGAUAUUGAAUAAAAGCUCAAACUACUGUACUGCCAUACCAAAUGCCUUAAAAAAAAAAAAAAGAAAAAAAAUCCAAUUGGUGUAUCACAUCUGACCAGUGGGGGGCAGUAGUUAGCUGGAAGCCAAAACUAAUCUUGUGUCAAGGAGUUGCAGCAUCUUUUUACUGAAGAGAGAAUUUCAAUUAACAGUAUGUUUAUAAUUGUGGCUGCAGCUUUCUGUCGAACCUCAUUGUAUCGCGCGGGGUAGCCUUUCAAGCGUUUUAGUGAGCUCCAUCAACAGGGGGAAAGCAUUCGAAACAAUUCUCAUCUUCGACAGGACAGAGAAUUUUUCAUCGAUCAAAGAACUUAAGAUGCUGUUUUUAAAUAAAGCACUCGAAACUCA